GCUGUAAAACGAUGGGAGGCGACGACGCAUAUGUAAAGUAAAUUAGAAGCAAGACUAUCAAGAAGAUAGUCGAAGAAUGUGUGAUUGAAGUCACUUCAUUAAUAUGAGCUGUACUUCAUUAAUUGAUUGGGCUUUUUAACUAAUAGAAAUGUCCAUUAUAUAAAUACACAGUGGAUUAACAACUAACCUCGUCGUGUUAAAGAGAAAAUCUGACACGGAAUUCGAAUAACAAGCAAGUUUACACUUGUCGUAAGAAAUGUCGCUUCGCGUAUUGUACAGUUUAUGCUUUUGGACGUUAUAUAUUCAACAACUACAAGCUGGUGAAAGUAUCCUUCGGUCAGCAGAAUGUUCUUAUUUGUUUGAACGAAGUGUUGAGAAUCCCAAUAACAAAACUACUUCGUGGUCAAAUAAUGUGGUAUCCUCAAGCAGGUCGUCAUGUUCUAUUUGCAAUUCAAGGGAUUCUAAAAAAUCGUGGCUCGUGUUAGAGGCACUGCCAAAUAAUGGUUACAAUGUAAUUCAUGUUUCAAUGAAAAUGAAAGUGUCAGACUGCAAUGUUUGCAAAGACCAAUCAAUUAAGGCAUUCAUAAUGCAUGCAUCUGUGGUAGAUAAUUUACAAUCCUAUAAACUUUUAGAAGAUCUACCAUUAGUUAAAAAUUUCCCAAACAAAGAACAAAAUGUUGUUUACACUGCAGAUUUUAAAUAUGCCUUGAAGGGCAGAAAACAAUUUGCUGUAGUUCUGCUAUCUGCUGGUAGUUGUACUGAGAUCGAAAGGAUAACAAUAUCAUACUAUGUUUGUGAAAAGAAUACAAGUACAGCAAUGGUACUACCUCGUACAAUUGCCCCAGAAAAUGGUCAUCAACAAGUGAAUACAAGCUGUUCACCAAACACAAUUAAUCCUGGAAAUAAACUACCCUAUGGACUUUGUUCAAGUGAAGGGGAAUGGACGAUAGUGUCACAGUGUAUGUGUAAAGAAGGAUACACAUUAGAUUCACUUGGUGGUUGUAAAGAAUGCGAAAAGAACACUUACAAAGACAAAGCUGGAAAUGAAAGAUGCUUGCCAUGCCCAAAAAAUUCCAUAAGCAAUGAUAAUCAGCAACGCUGCUCAUGUGAAGAAAAUCAUUUUCGAUUUAUUGGAGAAAAUUACACUAGUCCCUGUUACGGAAUCCCAACAUCUGUAAAUGAACUCCAAUAUAAAGAUAAAGAUCACGAGUCAGUCACGUUGCUAUGGAAACCUCCUACUUUGUACGAAUCUCUAAGUAGCAAGAUCGUGAUUUAUGAAGUGGAUUGUUUCGAGUGUUCAUCGAGCACGAAGUCUGCCCCUUGUAUUAAGGCGUGUGGUCCCAGUGUAAGAUUUAUACCGUCAAAAACCGACAUCGAAAGUGAGAAUGUCACCAUUAAAGAUCUGAAAUCGAACACUGAAUACGAGUUCGUAAUUUAUUCCAAGAAUGAGUAUAAUGGGAAUAUAAGUCGUUCUCAUUGGGCUCGCGCUUCCAAGAAACUGAAAACAGAUGAACGUGAACGUGUUGCAUCGAGAUCAAGUGACCUGCCAAGUUUUGUAGUUAUUGUUGUACCAAUCAUUGGUCUUCUCAUGGUGGUAAUUAUCAUUAUUCUGGUGAUUUGCUUGUGUAGACGUCGCAAGACAAGGAAGUACAGGGCUAGUAUGCGGUUGCAUGGCGGAGAUAUCCCUCUGGUUCGCAGUGAAAGAAACUAUAUCGAUCCAACAACCUAUGACAAUCCAGAAAGAGCUGUUCUAGAAUUUACAAAAGAGUUGGACAGAAGCUGCAUUUCAUUUGAAUCAAUAAUCGGUGGAGGUGAGUUUGGUGAUGUUUAUAAAGGUUCCUUGAAAGUCCCUGGUCAGAAAACCACAGUAGUAGCUAUAAAAACGCUUAAGACUGGUGCUAAGCACAAGAACAGAACAGACUUCCUCAUUGAAGCAUCUGUUAUGGGACAAUUUAAGAAUUUGAAUGUUAUCAGUCUUGAGGGUGUGGUGACACAAAGCUCACCAAUGCUUAUUGUUACUGAAUUUAUGGAACAUGGGUCUUUAGAAAAAUACUUAAAGAUAAAUGAUGGUGUUCUUAAAAUUACGCAACUUCUUGGAAUGGCCCGAGGAGUUGCUAGCGGCAUGGAGUAUUUGGCUGGAAUGCACUACGUUCACAGAGAUUUAGCAGCGAGAAACAUUUUGGUAAAUGCUAAUUUGACCUGUAAGGUUGCCGAUUUUGGUCUGUCACGUGACAUCAAGAAUGAGGACUCAGAAUACGAAACACAAGGAGGAAAAAUUCCAGUUCGUUGGACGGCACCCGAAGCUAUCAGGUAUCGUAAAUUUUCAACAGCCAGCGAUGUGUGGAGUUAUGGUAUUUUGUUAUGGGAAAUAAUGUCGUUUGCUGAGAGGCCCUAUUGGAACUGGGGUAAUGAAGAGGUGAUGAAAAGGGUCGAUCAAGGCUAUCGUCUUCCUGCACCUAUGAACUGUCCAAAGGCUGUCCAUCAACUGAUGAAAGAAUGUUGGAUAUCAGACAGAACGAAACGUCCCCCAUUCAAUGAACUUGUCAGAAUUCUCGACGAUUGGUUAACGUUCCCUGAAAAACUAAAUGAAGAUUAUAUUAAAGUGCGAAGAAACGACGCCUUGGAUCACACUACAUUUAAGUCUGUGAAAGACUGGCUUGAGGCCAUUAAAAUGGGAAUGUAUGCGAGCAAUUUCACAAAAGCUGGUUAUGAAGAAUUUGCAGAUAUAGCAAGACUAACUGAAGAUGAACUUUUACAAAAAGUUGGUGUAAGGCUCGUUGGUCAUCGGCACAAAAUUUAUCAGAGAAUAAAGGAGAUGAGUGACGUAUUGGAGACAAAUCGAGAAGAGUCAGUUAAUAUUUGAUUUUUUUUCAAAGUAUUUGGUUGUGCAUAAUAGAAUUUACACACAGUCUUAUGAAAAACGUAUAACUAACAGUCGUCCGUAUAUCACUAAACGCGUGUGAAGCGGAAGACUGGCUUUUUAAGCUCAUAAAUCUGGCGUUGGCACGCAUGCCCUUUUCAGGCAAAAUAUUUUGAAAAUGAGAAAAAUCGUAUACAUGAACGAAACUUCAUGAUUCAUCUAUGUGUUAAAAUUUAUGUGGUGUUAGAUGUUGUAGCUUUUAUACUUCUUUAAUUCAUGAAAAUUUAUCACGAAUCACUGUGAAUGAAUAAUGCAAAAUACAAAUGAUCAAUUUUUAGUGAAAAAUAUAUACUUGAAGAGAGUGAUACAUAAGCAUUAAAAAACACGUUGUUGAUGCAUGAAAAUGCUCUAUGUGACAUGGCAAUUAUGGAGGAGAAGUUAAUAAACAUUUUUAUUUUAGUA